CAACAAUUCUAUAUAAACUUUGCAUAUACUACGUCUGUUUGCCACAUUAAUUUAUUCUGCAGUCAAAGUUACAUCCAGUGUUCACAACGAAAACAAUGAAGAUGACAGUGAAACCCUGAAAUCCACAGAAAAGAAGUAUCCAAAUGAAGAUUGUAGAAGUGGAGAUGACAACAGGAGUAAACAACAUGGCCGAGGAAGUUUCAGUGGAACAAGAGCAUUUGAUGUCCAUUGUUAGUCAUUCUCAGAGUGGAAGAAUGGAUGAACAGCGCUGCUCCUUAGGUCCGAGAACAUCACAAGUUCAUGCCUACAGCCAAGAUCCUGAUGAGUUAUUCCAGCUCCUGGUCAAUAGUAAGAGUCGACGAUUAGAUGACCAACGAGUGACUCUAACUUCAUUACCAGGGAUGGAGGCAUUCACCAUCAAAGAUCAGAAAGAGGGAAAUACAUUGAAGGCAAACUUUGAUCAGAUUUGUAACAUGGUCAGCAGAGCUCACAGUUUCAGAAGAGGCACCCCUCCAAAAAGCACCCUGUCCCCUGGGUCACUGGACUCUACCAGAAGGGCAAGUUUCAAUCCGGCGAGUACCACCGAUUCGGAUGCAUUUAACAAGCUCCCAUCUAGAUCAGCGUCUUUCAACCCAAUCUCAGACAAGGACAGAAUGCAGUAUGAAGUUUUGCAAGUUGAGCAGGACCAGCUUUUGAAUCUAGUUAGUCAAGUUCAGCGAGGACGUAUGGAUGAACAACGCUGCUCGAUUAACCCCUUAUCACCUUCUCCCAGACAUAUGGAUAACAAACAAUCAGAUCAAGAUGCUGAGCAGUUUUUUAAACUUAUUACGAACACCCAAAAUCGACGGUUAGAUGACCAGCGAGCGACAAUUAACUUGUCAGGGACACAAAGAUCUUCUCAUGUUUCUGUUCAGGACUCGGAUCAACUCUUCAAUAUGGUCUCCAGAUUGCAGGGCUCUCGGAUUGACGAUCAGCGCUGCUCUGCUCCCCAUAUCCAGCUGGGGUCUCCUGCCCCCCCGAGGAAGUCUCACUCUCGACCUGCAUCCCUGACUCACCCUCCAUCUGAAUCAGGGUCACCCAGUAAAUCGGAGAGGACAUCAGAAACCUUCACUGCUGACUCAGAGGCACAGAAGUGUUCUGAUGAGGAUCAGUUAUUUUCUCUUGUACAUCAUGUACAGCGAGGGCGAAUGGAUGACCAGUGUUGUUCUUUCAAACCCACCAAAAAGGCUUCCUCCACUCCAAACAUUGCAAACAAUAAACCCACAGUUGACGACCCAGAAAAGUUUUUCAAGCUAGUGGCCGACUCUCAAAGCCGACGAAUGGAUGACCAGUGUGUGACACUCAGCUCAUUGCCAGGUUUCCAGCAUCCCAGCGUUGGGACUCAGGGGAAGAAAUAUAAAACAUCAGCCCCGCAGAUCGUCCUGACCCCUGCAUCCCCUGCAGAGCCCAAAAAAGCUUGUUCCAGACCAGCUUCUCCCACCCUGAUACUCUGUGACUCAGAACCACCUGUCAGGCCUCCCCCCAGAUCAGCCUCAUUCAGCCCAGUGUCGGAUAAAGAGAGAUUACUGUAUGAUGACAUGCCCAUGCAGAUAACAUUUCAAAUUUCCAUGUCCUUUCCCCAACAGCAGAGACUUGGAACAGAUAAUCAGCCUUGUCAGUUCCCUGAAGUCUUCCUCACAAUCGGACAAGCAGGGGAGGCUAUUGCACUUCCUCUCUGCCCCAGACCUGGCAGACUGGCCUCUUUCAAUGUGAACCCACCCAGAAAGCAUCGCUCCAGGUCUGCAUCCCCUCACAGGUCUCCUGCCAGACAGGGACGCUCAAGACCCUCUUCUCCCAACUCAGGAGACGCGACAAGUCAAAUCAGCCCAUAUGAGGACUACUUCUCUCUGAUCCAGAAAGUCCACACCACUCAGCUGCAACAGAGCAAUGGACGAGACAGAGGAGAGACAAGCAAGGAGGCUAGGAAGGGAAAAGGAAAGAGUGGGGGGAAGAAAGAGAAGAAAGACAGAGAAAAAAGAAAGAAAUAGAAAAAAAGAGACAUGGUCAAUUCAUAUGUCCAUUCACACUGGUUACAGACCAGGAAUGGAUGAACAUCAGUGUUAAAAGUCAAGCUAAACAUUUCAGUUUAGAAAUCUCAAAUAUCCCUGAAGUGAAUUUCCAAAAAUGGUUUCAAAUGAGCAUUUCAAAAUAAGCAAUGUUUACAUUGGAAAAUAAGCUCUUGGAAAACAUAUUCUUAUGCACUCUAUUUUUGUUCACAGCUCAGGGUUUGUGUAAAAUGAAUGACAGAAAUGUAUAUCGUGUGUCAAUGUAUUAUGCAAAGAUAAAAACAAAAUAUAGGAUGAGCAAGUUGGCCUGUGCUGUCUUUGUUGUGUUUUGACAAUCUUCUGUGAAUUAUAAAUAAAUAAAAUAAGAAUAAAUAAAUAAGAAAAUGUAGGAUGCUUUAUGCCUGUUACUAUUUGUGGUACU